ACUCCCAGGUGCCCAACGCCCUUCGACUCGCUGGAACAUACAACCGCGUCCCACGAACGAAAUUGCGAACUCGCGGCGGAUACUACACGUCUGACAAUCUCAAAAUGAACGCCGACCCUCUAACCGGCGCCCCGCUCCCGCCCAAUGCCAUCCAGCGCAUCCUCUACAUCGCACCAAAAGUCCACGUCUACCAAAUCCCGCCGUUAACCUCAACAAAAGGCUACCAAGCCUCCACCUGGACCGCCGACAACAACAAGCGGCAGAUCUUCACAGCCCGCCUGCGAAUCCUCGAAACCUCCAUCCCUAGCCCGACGCCGACGGAUGACUCCGCCGAGAAAGUCACUACAACACUGCUAUUAGAGGAUGCGGGCUCCGGACAGUUAUUUGCAGCAGCGCCGUACACAAGCCCCGCGGUUGUCGAACAAGCGCUAGACAGCAGCCGAUUCUUCGCGGUCACAGUGGUGGGCGAGGGCAGGAAAGCAGUGCUAGGGAUGGGUUUCGAAGAGCGCAGCGAAGCAUUCGACUUCUCCAUCGCGCUCCAAGACGCUCGGCGAGUGCUAGGCUUCGAAUCCAAUCCCAAUGCACCCACCACCUCGUCCUCCCGCAACCGCGGCACCAAGAAACCUAUCGACGAACCCAAGCGCGACUUCUCCCUCAAAGAAGGCGAAACAAUCUCUAUAAAUCUGGGGGGGUUAAAAGGCAGGCGAGAAAGGCGGGAGGGCGGAAGUCCCGAGCAAGCACAGAGGAGCGAACAAGACGCGCUGUUUAGUAUCAAGCCACCACCUAGCAGUGGUGCAAGUGGAAGUGGCUUUCUGCCGCCGCCGCCCAGCGCGAAGAGCGUGAAAGAGGAGCGCAGGAGGAGUAGGCAGACUUUCGAGGCUUCGCCGAAGCCGGAGGAUUUGGGCUUUGACGACGGGGAGUUUGGAGAGUUCCAGUAGCGUGACUCCCUGUUGAAGAUGAGCGUAUAAUCUUUCGGCUUUGUUAGCAUGAGCAUGCGAAGGAAACUACUGCAUCAUUGGCGUUCUGAAGGGAGGGUUUGUGUUGGAUUGGAUAGCUCGGCAUUAAUGAAUUUUCUUUUGGAUUGACAUGCAUCCUAC